UGAUUAAAUACUUCUCCAUCCUAUUAACCUAUUUAUAUACUUCUAUGUACAUCUAGAGUUUGCAUCAAUCUUUUCCACAAACUCUUUCAAAAAUUGCUCCAUCCACAUAGAAAUUGAGCAAAGAGUGACAAAUCAAGCCAACCAAAAAAGUUAAGGGAAAAGAAAAACAUCUUUUCAAAUGGUGACUGCUAAACUAGCUCGUAACGUUGUUGGCACCAUAGGCAAUGUCAUCUCUUUUGGAUUGUUUCUCUCACCAGCUCCAACUUUCUAUGGAAUUAUAAAGAAGAAGAGUGUAGAAGAAUUCAAGCCAGAUCCAUAUCUAGCAACAUUGUUGAAUUGUUUGUUUUGGGUAUUUUAUGGAUUGCCUUUUGUGCACCCAAACAGCACUUUAGUACUCUCCAUCAAUAGUGUUGGACUUGGCUUUGAAAUUGUCUAUCUUACCAUCUUUUUUCUCUAUUCCACCAACAAAGGAAAGAAAAAGUUAGUGCUUAUUCUUCUCAUCGAGAUUAUUUUCUUUGCGGCCAUUGUUCUUGUAACAAUGUUGGCAUUGCAUGGCACUAAAAGAAGGUCCUUAAUUGUUGGUGUUAUAUGUGAUGUCUUCAAUGUCAUGAUGUAUAUCUCUCCUCUUACAAUCAUGGCAAAGGUUAUAAAAACUAAGAGUGUGAAGUACAUGCCAUUUUGGCUCUCUCUAGCAAAUUUCCUCAAUGGUUUAUGUUGGACAACCUAUGCUCUCAUUCACCCCUUUGAUAUUUAUGUCUUGAUAAGCAAUAGUAUUGGAGUAGUUUCUGGACUUGUUCAGCUCAUACUAUAUGCUUGCUAUUACAAUAACAAAGGUGAAAAUGAUGAUGUUGGUGAUUUUGAGUUGAAACCAAAUGGGGUUAAUGAGAUUUCUACCUCAAAUGGAAGAGUUAGUGCAUGAUGAUGAAUCAUAACAUCAUAGCUUUAUUUCUUUUAACUAAUGUUUUUACUUCUUACUCUACACUUGCUCAUGUCCUUUUUUAUUUUCUAUAUCAAAAAGUUCACAUAAUGUGAUUUGGUUUCGCAAAGUAAUAGUGGCUAUAUAUUUCUUUUUGAGAAACAAUUUA